AUGUGGGAUGUAAGGCUCCUAAAUCGAGACGAAAUUCGCUCAUCCACGUUCUACGGUAGCGGCUUUGGCGCGGAGUACCACUCGACCGCUUUCGACGAGGAGUACACCAGCGCUGCCCGGGCGCCGGCGCCGGACAAGGCGCAUAUGGUCUACCGGGCAUGCAGAAUUCUUGCCUCGGGAGCCGAGGUAGCUCUGGCGAAGCCAGUCUCUACCUUUACCUCGGACAUCAAAAGAAUUUUUGGAACGGGAGGUGUUCGUGGUCGCGCGUCAGCCAUACCAGAGUCGGAACUCCAGUACGACCUGAGGUGGUUACAAGAUCCGCGCGAACUUAUGGGCGAUCUAUUUUGCAGGAUCCACGCCACGCUCAUCCGUCAAGAGGUGUCUCUCAACAAAUUUCACCUGAUGCUGUGGAUUUCUACCAUGAUAUUCGCCGAAAAUUCCAGCGACUCAAUGGUGCAGUUGUUGCUGUCGUUCGCGUCCCUUUCCGCCACACGACAGGUUCAGGCUCCAGAUGCUUCGCGGUUUCUGCUUCACAAAAGCCCAAAACCACUCAAGGCAGAUCUCAAGAACAUCGGGAAGGAGGCAUACGUUGAUUUCACGGCAAGCCCAGAGGCUCAAAGGCCGGACCGCCCUGGCGAGACUCGCAAGGCUGCCAAUACUCGCCGACGAAAUACCUUCAAGGAGAAGCAGAAAGAAGUUCUUGAAAAUUUCGCGGUGUUUAUGGCUGAUCAGUGGUAUGACAACCGUCUCGCGCCUCCGACGUUCUCACUGGAUGCUUCUUUCGCGCAAUACAUUGGCCACGAGGGCGCCGUCGCAGCCACACACCGCUUGUUCAAGACCUGCAUAGCGAACGGCCGCUUUCUCAAGUUUGUUGCGGACCUGAAAGAAAUCAUUAGGCGAGCGGAGCUCCUUGACUGUGCCGAAGUGCCGUCUCCUCGUUUGCUUCCACCGAGCACGCCUGACUUGCAGGAGACUGAGAGAUGCGUCAGUAUUCUCAGCGCACUCAAGCAGGCUGUGGUGAUUCGGUUCUCAAGAACUGAACUUCCAUGUCUCUCCCAGAGACUACUCAAGGAAGUUCAGCACCCGGUGAGCCCAAGCCUAUCUGGUCUUCGGGCUCUGGUCAUGCAGCGGAUAGCGUCAACUCAGCUUACAUGCUAUGUGACCGAGCUGCAACGGAGUAUCUCCUCCCUCGGAGACUACACGGAGUCUCACAACCUGGUGUUGCCAGCACUGGGAAUUGAGAAGGUUUUGCUGCAUCAUUUCAAAGACUGCAAGCAGCGCUUCGACUCAGCUAUGGAUGCUGUGGUCAAGGCCAUUGGCAAGAACCAGCGGCUUAGAAACGACCAACAUUCGUCUGUGAACAUCGUGGCUACUACCCAUCACUGGCCGAGAGUGACACUGGCGAUCAUUUUGGAGCAGAUUAACCGCCAUAAUCGAAGCUCCCUUCCCGGCGACUGGAUGCAGCGAAUUGUCGACCUCGGGCAAAAGUUGACAUGCCUCCAGCAGGCAGGUCGUUUACUUCAAAUGUCAAGCCGCGAAACUGCUCUUAUUGAAGAACUUCGAAACCAGGUUCGCCGGAAUUGGUCACCUGAGAAGCAUCCUGAUACGCUGCUCCUCGAGAUUGAGGGCGGGUUUCGUGUCCGGCAUGCGCAAGAAGAUAUAGCACGUCUCAUGAGAACUCCGCCCAAGGGAGAGAACGCAGUCCUUCAGCUCAACAUGGGCGAGGGAAAAUCAUCUGUGAUCAUUCCCAUGAUUGUCACCAGGAUUGCGAAAGGGCGAACUCUCACCCGAGUGAUCGUCGCAAAGCCGCAAUCUCGACAAAUGCUCGAGAUGCUCAUGUCUUCACUUGGCGGCUUGGUUUCACGGCGUGUCUAUCAUAUGCCAUUCUCGAGAGGUCUGGCUGUGGGAGAGGAAGAGAUUCUCACCAUUCAACGAAUUUUCUCAGAGUGCAGAAAGUCUGGUGGUGUCCUGCUAGUCCAGCCAGAGCACGUCCUAUCACUUCAAUUGCUGGCUAUCGAAAUGCUCCUUAGUCCCAGGCUGAAGCUGCGGGCCUCUAGCAGGUCGCGCCGACAGACGGAUGGCCAAGCGGUUGCAGAACCGGAGAAAACUGGAGCAGAUAUUCAGCAGCUGCUGUUGGAUAUACUGAACUUCUGCAAUGCGCACAGCCGAGACAUUGUGGAUGAGUCCGAUGAAAACUUUUCACCGAAGUUUGAGCUCAUCUACACUAUGGGCAAACAAGAGAUCCUUGAAUUUGCGCCUGACCGGUGGCUCAUUAUUCAGGAAGUCCUUUCCCUGGUUGCAAAGCUUGCUCCAAGAUUCCAGCAGACAGCACCGGCCUCCGUCGAGAUCGAUGGCCGCCAUGACGACAGAGUGCCACGGGUGCGCUUUUUACUUCAGGAUGCCGCCGACAAAAUGUGCCUUCUGCUGGCGGAAACAAUCUGCCACAAUGGUCUCGCGUCCUUCUUCUUUGGACGUCAACCGACGGAAAUGAAAAAUGCUAUCGUUCAGUUCAUCACGGAGAAAAUUGUUUCGAAGGAAGCUGCUGGCCUGGUGGAGGGCAGUGAGCUAUGGGGUCAGUCUACCAGAAGCGCCCUCCUGGUCUUGAGGGGCCUGUUUGCGGGAGGAAUAUUAUCCUUUGCGUUGAGCCAGAAGCGAUGGUCCGUGAAUUUCGGGUUGGAUCGCGACCGUGUGCCCAGCACAGCUCUUGCGGUACCGUACCGGGCAAAGGGCGUCCCCGCGAGAUCAGAAUUCAGUCAUCCGGACUUGCAAAUUGUCCUGACUUGCUUGUCCUACUAUUAUGGUGGGCUAAGCGACAAAGAUAUUCUUUUGUCGUUCGAGCACCUCACCAAGUCCGACCAGGCUGAGCAUGAAUAUGCCACAUGGAUCGCUCCGACGUCACUUCCAACAGCCUUUCGAAGCCUGGAUGGUGUCAAUAUCCGCGACAGGGAGCAGUGUUCCCGCACGCUCUUUCCGCAGCUGAGGUACUCAAAAGGAGCAAUCGACUACUUCCUCUCCAGGAUCGUUUUCCCACGAGAAAUGAAAGAGUUCCCACAGAAGCUGUCCGCAUCUGGCUGGGAUAUCGGACGUUCAAAGGCGCAUCCGACGACAGCAUUUUCAGGCACAAAUGACAGCCGGCAUCUCCUGCCCCUAGAAAUGAAUCAGCUUGAAGUUCCCAGCCAAGUGCAUACCAAUGCCUUGGUCCUGAAUCAUCUCCUAUCGGCGGACAAUAAAGUGGUCUUGCUUUCGGAGCUCGGACACACCGGACCCUGUGUCAGCUCCCAACUCCUGAACACCAUCGCGGAGAUGAAGCCUGAGCCAAGAGUCAUCUUGGAUAUUGGAGCCCAGAUUCUGGAGCUCACAAAUGAGCAAGUGGCGACCGCAUGGCUUGAGCUCCUUUCAGACCGAGAUGACAUCCGGGCUGCGAUCUUCUGCAACGACUUGGACGAGCUAAUUGUGGUCGAUCGGCUGGGCCGCCGUGAGCCAUUGCAAACGUCCUCUUUCGCAAAGCAGAUGGAUGUCUGCCUUGUCUUUUUAGACGAGGCGCAUUGCCGCGGGAUCAACCUGGCCCUGCCGGAGUGGUACCAGGCCGCCGUAAUCUUGGGUGCAAAGUUGACAAAGGAUCGGUUAGCCCAAGCCUGUAUGAGAAUGAGAAAGCUUGGGGCGGGACAAACGCUCGUGUUCUGCGUCCCUCAUGAGGUCGAGACGAGAAUCCGAUUGCAGAACCCCAAUCAGCAGAACUCCAAAAUCGACAUAAUGGCGAUACUCGCAUGGACAAUGUCGGAAACGCUGGAAGACACGAAACAAUCGAUACCGAUUUGGGCAGCCCAGGGACGCCGCUUUGAGCAGCAGCGCAUACUGUGGAACGAGGCAAACGCGGAAGGAGGACUCAAAGUGGACCAGGAUCUUGCAGAGAAGUUCCUCGAGAGCGAAGCGAAAAGCCUAGAGAGCCGCUACCAACCAUUCUACGUCCCACCGCCCAGUAUUUCAGAGUUGCCAAUCACGAACGGCAGCCUGGAGCGCAUCGUCGAGCGAUGCCGCGACUUUGGCGCUCAGGAUGAUCAGAGUGCAGGCCUCGAGGAGCAACAAGAACGAGAGUUGAUGCCGGAACUAGAGGAGGAAUGUGAGGUGGAGCGGCGAACGACAUUUGAGCCUGCUGGGCACAGGCUGCAUCAGAAUGUCCGCAAGUAUAUCGAGACAGGCUCGAUUCCCAGCAACGAGACAGGUUUCAUGUGGGCUUUCCAGAGCCUGGCAGAAACAACCGCAACACAGCACUUCAACGUGCGCAACUUUCCUCGAGGCCUUCGGGUGACCCAGGAUUUUGCUUGCACGCUGCAAGGGGAUGCGCCUCGCGAGAAGGGCACGGACGCAUUCCAGCGAGAAGUACGGUUCAUCCUGACCAGCUUCAAUAGCCAGAAGCAGGAUUCCAUCAUGGUAAUCAUCAGUCCGUAUGAGGCGGAGAAGUUGAUGCCAGAAAUCCGUGCAUCUCGGCACGUUACUCUGCACCUGUACGCGCCGCGACAAAACGAGAACCACGAGCCGAUCGACCUGAAUGGGACGGGACUGUAUCGGAUUUCUUCGGGCCCAACACCAAGAGGCCCAAUCUCUCGACGCUUGUUAAUCGAGCUCAACCUCUUCGCAGGACAGCUCUAUUUUAAGUCCUUCCAAGAGUACAUCGAUGUUUGCGACUUUCUCAACCUGACUUGGGGAGACCCGGCAGACGCAGAUGGGGCUGCCAUUGACGGCUUUAUUGAGCCUAGAAAGCGGGUGCGUCCGCAUUCAGGGCGAACGAACUUCCCGAGCAGUCCAGUGCAGUUCCUGCGGAUCCUGAUGUCGAAGAUCCGGCGAGAUGGCAGCAGCAUUGACCGUACUCACGUCGGGAAGAUGCUGAACGGGGUCUUGCUGACGGAGGACGACUUUGCGCCCCGUCCCAAGCGCAAAGCUGAUGCGAUGGAGGAGGGCGUGGACGAGGGCACCAUGUUCGUCGAGGGGGAGGAUGAUGGCACGUCUCAGGCGGAUGCUUAG